AGCAGUGAUUAUUCAAAUACAGCAGUACACUACAAAUUCUAUACAAAGGCAGGAGAGCCGUGCCUGAUACAUACAAAGAAAAGAAUAGAAAAGAAAAUUCUAGGCCGUAAGUUUUUUUAACACAUUAUCUCUCGAUUCUCGUUCUCUUCUUCAAACUGCGUGUUUUAUCCAUGCCUGAGAUUAUAGGACCCAAUGCAUCCUUUACAAGAAAAGAGCGCCCAUGGCGACAGCGGCCAUGAGAGGAGCAACGGUCUUCAAUGGAGCGGCGGCACCGGUGUAUGGAGUGAGGGAAGUGGUGCUGGAGGGGGUGCCUGGCAUGGUACCGCUUGGCCGGGAGACGGUGGAUGGCUGCUGGACUGGGACUGUGGAUGGCUGCUGGACUGGGACUGUGGAUGGCUGCUGGACUGGGACUGUGACGCUGGAUGUUGGUGGAGUGACGAGGUAGUAGCAUCCGUCGACCAACUGACAACUCUGACCGGCAGGAUAGGCGUGAGCAGGGUUACAAGAAUAGCGGCCGUUCUUAUCGGUGCUGCCUGGCGCGGGGCACGAAGGAGUGGCGGAUGGAGCGGAGACUGGGAUAGUGUUGGUGACAACACAGCCGCCAGCGCAUGGAAGGGUCAAGGUGGUGGCCGAGGUAAUAAUGUAUGUUGAUGGUCCGUGGGUGAAAGUGGUUGGCUCAGGGCAGUAGGUGGUC